UCCGGUGUUGCGCUUCGACCGUCGAUAGCUGAUGGAUCAUCAUGGUCCUCAUGGUCAUCAUGAGUCACACAGAGUUCGCCAGGUGAAGGAUGCCAGAGAGACUCGUCAAGGUCGAUACAGCGCCUGGCUGAAGAAGGCCAAGAGCCGGGAUGCUUGCUUCAAGCUACAAAGUCAUGUGAUGAGAUACUUCACCAUUGACUUUGAUGCGCGCAUCAUCUUCUACUCUCAUUCUGUCCUGCAGAAGAAGGUCUCGCCGCCGAUUCCCUUCAUGGACAUCCGAGGCGCUGAAGAGCUGCCACUGCCGAUGAAGCACGCGAAAGGCACAACAGCCAUGAAUUUUGGCUUUGUUCUGCACACCAAACUCCGCAGCUUUGAGCUCUACACCAGCAGUAGUGCGGAUGCAGCUGAGUGGGCAUUUGCCCUGAAUGUCGCUAUGCUGAUGGGGAAGCUGAAAUGCUUGGAGCGACUGAAGGUAUUGCAGGAUGGGCAGGAGCACCUCCCGACGGAUGUGGAAAAGGAAGAGGAGGAAGAGGCUCUGAAACAGGUAGAGGAAGCUGCUGCCAGACUGCAGGAAGACGCCAAGAGAAAGGAGUUGCGGUUGCUUCAGAUCCAGCUCCGUGCCAAGGAUGAAGUUGCUGCAUUCAGGAAGGAGGAAGAGGAAGCCGCUGAGAAGAAGAAACAGGAGCAGGCGGCUGCUGAACAGAAGCAGGUGUUGGAAAAGCAGGCGGAAGACUUGCAGAUGCUUCAGCUUCAACUCCUAAUCCAGGAGGAGGAGCUGACUGCGAGGAAGGAGGAGGAAGAGAAAGCUGCCCAAAAGAAGAAGGAGGCAGCUGUGCAAAAGAAACAGGAAGAGGAAGCGAGCGCUCCAAGAAAGCAACAGGCAGCAAAGGAUCUGCCAGCCUUUGAGCCCAGCGUCCUCGUUGAGGCCUUGGCCAUGCUCUUGGCCUCGGAGGUGGUGGAAAGCAACGGAAAUACCACGGCCGAGUGGAAGGAGAUCCAGAGAUUGGAGGAGAUUCAGAGAGCUAGGAGCCAGGGAUGCAAGCAGCCUGGCACAAAGCACGAGGCAACCCAUGGUCGUCAUUGACUGUGGACAGAUACGCACCUCUUGAUGUACCUGGAGGAUUGAAGAGAUGAGAGAUUCAGUCCCUGCUCGAAGCAGUCGUUCGAAAUCAUGUGUUGCAAAUUCUUGGAAAUGCUGUAGAUGGACAUUUGAAAUAUUUGACCAUCAUGAUCAUCAUGGUCAUAUUUUGGUCAGGCCACCUGCUUGAACCCGCCAAUGGUUGUGGUGCCUGGCGCAUCUGUCAACGCGUGAUACAGUUUGAGCAGGGAUUCUCUGAGCUCUAAAAGUCCACAAGAAAGAAG